CCAACACUCGUUCCGUUACCAACCAGGCUUCGAUCUUUUACCGUCUUUACCAUCUUCUUCCCGCCCCACCAAAAUGCGUCUCGCAACAGUCUUUUCCAUGGCUGCCGUAGCCUUUGCAUCUCCCACUCCAUCCGAGCUCAAAUCUCGCGCUUCAGUCCCUCACGACUCUCUUAACCCAAUAGCCACUCGUGUGCAAGCUGGAAACAUUGGUCGUGCCAUUGAGAAAUUUUCUCCGUUGCUGCACAUUGCACAUGGAUGCCAGCCGUACACUGCUGUUGAUGAUGAGGGAAAUACUAGCGGAGGUCUCCAAGAUUCGGGAAAUGUCAGUGCUGGAUGCCGGGAUCAAGCUAAGGGCCAACUUUACGCCCGAGCCGCCGCCCACAAGGAGAAGUUUGCCAUCAUGUACGCCUGGUACUUCCCGAAGGAUCAACCCGCUGCUGGCAAUGUCGUAGGUGGCCAUCGCCACGACUGGGAGAGCGUCGUUGUCUGGAUUGACAACCCUGAUAACGAAAACGCUGUUAUCUUGGGUGGCGCUGCAUCUGGCCACGGCGAAUUCAAUACCACGACUACGCCCAACAAGCAAGACAACAACCUUCUCGUAGAGUACUUCACAACUUUCCCAACCAACCAUGAGCUGCAGUUUACCAGCACCGUCGGUAAGGCCUACGCGAUCAGCGACUGGGAUGCCAUGCCCACCGCGGCACAGAAAGCCCUUUCCAACGGCGACACUUUUGGAUCAGCGAACGUACCUUUCAUGCCCGACAACUUCGUCAACAAUUUGGACAAAGCUUUUGUCUAG